CUCAGGAGGGGAUUCUCUUAACCGUCAAAGAUCCCCUCGCCCUCUCUCUCUCUUUCUCCACUCUCCUUCUCUCUCUAAAACCCUAGCUUGGCUUGAGCGCGGAGUUCUUGGAAUCGAUGGGCUGCUCCUAGUUCGAUUGUCGCCGGAGAUGGAGGAAGGGGAAGGCGAGAGCUCGUCGCCGGCGAGGGCCUUCGUCGGCCACGACAUCAUCCACGAUAUCUACUCGAGGCUACUCGAGAGCGGGAACGAGGAGGCCACCUCGAAUCCCGACCUCCUAAAUCAACUUGAUAGCCACUUAAGCCGGCUUCCCCAGAGUUAUGCAGGGGAUGUGAAAAUGGAUAGAGUCGAAGAUGUUUUGUUGCAUAUGAAGAUUCUUGAAGAAGCCAAGGACCCGGAAAAGCGCCCGAUCUUCCAUGUCCGUUCUAUGGAGUAUAUUCAGACCAAAGUGGAUGGGAAUGAUGAUCUGCAACAAACAACAAGAGUUGGUACCUCUUCAAAAGGAUGUGAUAAUCAUGAAGAUGGAGAUCUGCCACUAAAUUUGAGAAACAGGGAUUGUGGGAUUGACUUUGAACCUUGCUCAAAGCUGGAAGACUUGAAUUUGAAUGUGAGAAAGAAUGCUGAAGAUGUUGAAGAAAGAUAUCCGACGGAGGUUCUUUCUGCAAGGCAAAAUGUUAGACAUGUCCCAAUUCAUGAGAUAAUAUUUUCUUCUAUUGACAAGCCCAAACUCCUUAGUCAGCUAUCUGCUUUGCUCUCUGAUGUUGGGUUAAACAUCCGUGAAGCACAUGUUUUUUCUUCAACAGAUGGUUAUUCUUUGGAUGUAUUUGUUGUUGAUGGGUGGCCUGUGGAGGCAACAGAUGGUUUGCUCAAGCAACUCAAGAAGACAGUUGCAAGAAAUGAGGGGUCGUGGUCUGGCUCCUCUCAUUCUUCAGCCGCGGAGAAAAUACUUACGGUGCAAUCAAAUGGUUCUGAUUGGGAAAUUGACAAAAGAUUGUUGAAGAUGGGAGACAGGAUUGCAUGUGGAUCUUGUGGAGAUUUGUAUCGAGGGACUUAUCUCGGUCAGGAUGUUGCUAUAAAAGUUCUUAGAUCGGAGCAUUUAAAUGAAGCUCUGGGGGUAGAAUUUGCUCAAGAAGUAAUGAUUUUAAGGGAAGUCUAUCAUAGGAAUGUCGUUCGCUUUAUUGGUGCAUGCACAAAACGUCCACAAUUAUGCAUAGUAACAGAGUACAUGACUGGAGGAAAUCUCUAUGACCUCCUGCACAAGCAUCAUAAUGUUUUGGAGCUCUCUCUUUUGCUGAAGUUUGCCAUUGAUAUCUCCAGAGGGAUGAGCUAUCUGCACCAAAACGACAUCAUCCAUAGGGAUUUAAAGACAGCUAACCUGUUGAUGGAUACCAACAAUGUUGUGAAGGUGGCAGACUUUGGUGUGGCUCGGUUUCAAAGUCAAGAGGGAGAUAUGACUGCAGAAACUGGGACAUACAGAUGGAUGGCACCUGAGGUUAUAAAUCAUCAACCAUAUGAUCAUAAGGCUGAUGUAUUCAGUUUUUCCAUUGUGCUCUGGGAGCUAGUAACAUCAAAGGUCCCAUAUGAAACCAUGACACCCUUGCAAGCUGCAUUAGGAGUAAGACUGGGUUUGCGUCCAGAGAUUCCGGAAAAUACGCAUCCUAAAUUAGUUGAGUUGAUGAAAAGAUGUUGGGAGGCGGUUCCAGCGAAACGACCCUCUUUUUCGGAGAUAACUAUUGAACUUGAGGAACUCUUGCAACAAAUUCAGGUCCACAAAAUUGGUACUAAACCAUAUCGGCCAGUAUUGGGUUGUGUAGAGCAGUUCCGCUCGGUUUGGACCAGUUUGGCUGAUAUAUUGAACCAAACCUCAGUACCCUAUCACUACCUUACCAGUAUAGUACAGCACGAUCGGUAUAGGGCACUACGGGUCGGUAUGGCAGACCUCCAAAUCUAAGGGAACUGGGAAAACAAGUCAACAGGAAGAAGGGAAGAUACCAAAACAAUCAGCAACAUAAUUGUUCCGUGUGAUUUUAUUAGCAAUCUGGUUAAUGAAUACUUUGUUUUGCUGGCUACUCUUUUCUGAGGUGUUGGCAUGUGCAGAUGCAAGCAGUGUUGUUGAGAUGUCAUGAUGUAUGCAAUUAUCUUUUUGCUACAUUUUCUUUUUCUGUGAUUUGGUUCAUGUGUUGUAACUAGUUAUUGCCAUUGUCAUUAUCAAGAAGAAUUACGAGCUUACCAGCUGCAAGCCACGCACACAAGUUUUGAUUGUUAUUGUGAAUGUUCCUUUAGUGAACCUUUUCUACUGGAAGCCAGAAAGCAUGUGUGUCACUUGGAAGAUUAGUGAAAGAGACUUGUAAGAAUUGAAAAUUUACUGAUUUUUUGUAUUAAAUACUAAAUAUUGGCUGUUGAUGUGUUACCA